AUGUCACAUAUCCUGUUCUCCGUUGACGACUUACCUGUCAAGUCCUUCAACGUGAGGCACAAGCUCACCAAGCUACCUUGGCAGCUGUUCUACAUUAUUGUGGCAGCGGCUUUCGGGUCGAUGGAAUACUGCGCUGAGUUGCUAUCUAGUUUGGAGAAGACGGUUAUGUACUGGCCCUCGAACGUGCUAUUCCACCUUGCAGCUGUCAUAGAGAUUGAUCAGGGGUACUUUCGUGGCAACAGGGGUCACAAACGUCAGAAGCGCAAAGCUGAGAUGUGUCACGGCGCUGAGACGGAGGGCCAAUCAGGGGAUGGCAGGGGCUGCUCCCAUCCCAAGCUCCUUGAGCACCCAGUGCACCAGCACUUGGAAGAGAAUCUGAGCGCCCUCUGUGCCAAACUCGAAACUGAAAGUCAAACUGCCCAAACUUCUAUAUCCAAGCGCGAUGGAGUUAUCCGCUACCAGGAGAAACAGCUUACGGAGACUCUAAGUGGCCAGAGUACCCAUAAAGAGUGGUGA